CCGCUGUAUUUAUAUGACCAAAAAGUGAGAUCGUGUGGCCUCUCUUCACUGCGAACGUAGAGAGAGAGACAGUCCACCGAGGAGGAAAAGAGUGUAGUCGAUUCAGAUACAGUCCACCGAGGAGGAAAAGAGUGUAGUCGAUUCAGUUCUUGUUGAUUUGCCUGUGUAGAGGGCUCGAGGAAGAGAAGAGAAGAACGAGAAUUUGGUAUCUGUUUCUUCUGUAUUUGUUGAGAUGGAGGACAAAAGCAGCAGCAACAACAAGGAGCCAGAUUAUUUAUCGUCUGUUAUACCAGGAUGGUUCUCUGAGAUUAGCCCAAUGUGGCCUGGAGAAGCACACUCAUUGAAGGUGGAAAAGAUUUUAUUUCAGGAGAAGUCUGACUAUCAAAAUGUUAUGGUCUUUCAGUCUUCAACAUAUGGAAAGGUUCUUGUUUUGGAUGGGGUGAUUCAACUCACGGAGAGGGACGAAUGCGCAUAUCAAGAAAUGAUCACUCAUCUUCCGCUUUGUUCAAUUCCCAAACCAAAGAAGGUUUUGGUUAUUGGAGGAGGGGAUGGUGGUGUCCUGCGAGAGGUGUCUCGCCAUUCCUCGGUUGAACAGAUAGAUAUUUGCGAAAUUGAUAAGAUGGUAGUUGAUGUUUCUAAACAAUUUUUCCCUCAUGUAGCUGUUGGUUAUGAGGAUCCACGUGUAAGGCUCCGUAUUGGUGAUGGAGUUGCCUUUUUGAAAGCUGUCCCUGCCGGAACCUAUGAUGCCGUUAUUGUGGAUUCUUCUGAUCCAAUAGGUCCUGCACAACAACUAUUUGAAAAGCCCUUCUUCGAGUCAGUAGCAAAGGCUCUUCGUCCUGGAGGGGUUUUGUGUACUCAGGCUGAAAGCAUAUGGCUUCAUAUGCACAUAAUCGAAGAUAUUGUUGCAAAUUGCCGCCAGAUAUUCAAGGGCUCCGUCAACUAUGCAUGGACCACUGUUCCCACAUACCCAAGUGGAGUGAUUGGUUUCAUGCUUUGCUCGACUGAGGGCCCCCCAGUAGAUUUCAAGCAUCCAGUCAACCCAAUAGAUGCAGACGAGAGUCAUUGCAAUUCGAAAGGACCUUUGAAAUUCUACAAUUCAGAGAUUCAUUCUGCAGCGUUCUGCUUGCCAUCUUUCGCCAAAAAGGUGAUCGAUUCCAAAGCUAAAUAAGGAAAAUUUUCAGAGCAUUUGAGGAGCCGGAUUAUAUUGUUUUUAGCAUCCCGGCUUUCAACCUCACUAAAUGGUCUAAUUAGCAAUGGAACCCUAGAAUAAGUUGAGAGUUAAAUUGAUAUUCUGAGUAGGCUGUAGUGUUGGAUGGUGAUUGUUUUAGGUUAUAGUUCGAUUUCUCUUUCUUCAGUUCCACAUUUGCAGAUGGCAGUUUUAUGUACGGAUAAUAUAUAUUCCUUUGGUUGUUAUCUCUUGUAUUUUAGUGGUUUUGGGAUGAAAUCAAAGAUUUAAUUUUGUUUGUGAAAAUACAAA